AUGCUAUCCAAGCUGCUGUCGUUGAUGUGCAUAUUUCCCUUUGUCCUAGGCGCAUUGGCCUUGGGUCCUUCUUCAUCGAUUGUUGCAAAAAGCCUUACAACGUCUUCCGCUUCCGCCAGCACCUCAGGCGCGUCCAUCACAACUGGUGUUAUCACCAUUCCGCUCUCAAGCUAUCCAUUUACUCCCUACCCUACACCUACUCUCAACCCUCGCCCCCCGGUUUUCCCUGCAACUGAUCCUUUGAGCCCUCCCGAUGUCAGUAGUGAUAUGCAAAUUGUGCCCAAUUUUGGGCCUGCGUGGGCCACUGCCUACCAAAAGGCCAAGAACCUUUUGUCGGAUUACACCAUCGAGGAAAAAGUCAACAUUACCACUGGGGUCGGUUGGGGGAACGGCUUGUGCGUUGGUAACAUCCCGCCCAAUAAAAACUUUCCUGGAUUGUGUCUUGAGGACUCGCCUCUCGCCGUCCGUUUUGCCCACUUUGCGACUGUGUUCCCAGCUGGAAUUCAGGUCGCGUCCACCUGGAAUCGCGUUCUGAUGCGUGCUCGUGGGCUGGCUUUGGGACAAGAGUUCAAGGGUAAUGGUGUCAACAUUGCCCUUGGCCCUAUGAUGAAUAUGGGCCGCAUCGCUCAAGGUGGCCGCAAUUGGGAGGGUUUUGGUGCCGACCCUUUUCUGACCGGCGAAUCUGCGUAUGAGACAAUCUUAGGCCUACAGCAAGGUGGAGUACAAGCCACUGCCAAACACUUCAUAAACAACGAACAGGAGCACUUCCGCACUGAGGAAUCCUCAAACGUCGAUGACCGGACUCAACACGAGAUUUACGCGCAUCCAUUCUUGCGCAGCGUCAUGGCUGGCGUUUCGUCCGUCAUGUGCAGUUACAACCUCAUCAAUGACACUUACGCAUGCAACAAUGACAAGAUGCUCAACGAUAUCUUGAAGCGGGAGUAUAGUUUCCAAGGUUUUGUUCAAUCUGACUGGUCGGCGACCAUGACGACCCUCUCUGCUGUCGCAGGGCUUGACAUGACUAUGCCCGGCGAUAUCACCUUUGACUCCGGUGACUCCUACUUCGGGGGUAACCUCACAGACUAUGUGAACGACGGCUACAUUAGCAUGGUUCGCCUGGAUGAUAUGGCAACGCGUAUCGUCGCUGCUUGGUACUACCUGCACCAGGACGAGAACUACCCUGCGACGAAUCUCAACGCGUUCAAUGCGAAUGAUGAAGUGAACAACAAGCAUGCGAAUGUGCAGGCGGACCAUUACAAGCUUGUGAGGCAGAUUGGCGCGGCUGGGAUGGUCCUCUUGAAGAAUCAAAAUGGCGCGCUACCACUGAACAAGCCGAGGAACUUGGUGCUUAUCGGAAGUGACGCGAGUCCAGGCAAAUCCGGACCUAACGAGUUCUCACACACGAGUGGCACCGAUGGCAUUCUAGCCAUGGGCUGGGGAUCUGGGACUGGCAACUUCCCCUACCUUAUUUCGCCCCUCGAGGGUAUCCAGGAGCGUGCUCGCCGGGACGGCAGUAGUGUGUUCUGGGACUUUGACGACUGGAACACUGCUCUAGCAGGUAAUAUGGCAUUUGGCCAGGCCGUCGCUCUGGUUUUCACCAACUCUGACUCUGGCGAGGGUUAUAUUACUAUUGAUGGCAAUGAGGGCGAUCGCAAGAACCUCACUGCCUGGCAUAACGGUGAUGAUCUCGUCCUUGCUGUCGCCGCACAGAACAACAACACCGUGGUCGUCGUGAACAGCGUCGGCCCGCUUAUUGUGGAGCCCUGGAUUGAGCACCCUAACAUCACCGCCGUCGUCUGGGCUGGCAUCCAAGGACAGGAAGCAGGUAAUUCUAUUGCUGAUGUGCUCUAUGGCGCAUACAACCCCUCUGGAAAACUACCGUAUACUAUUGCCAAGGAUCCUGCCGAUUAUCCCGCACAACUCAUCACUGGUGGUUCGGGAAACGAGAUUUUGAGCAUUGAUUAUACCGAGGGGUUGUUCAUCGAUUACCGCCACUUUGAUCAAGCGAAUGUCACACCACGCUUCGAGUUUGGCUUCGGCUUGAGCUAUACCACGUUCUCGUACUCCGACCUUUUCGUGGCUAAUAUUCAGUCAUUAGACAUUGAUCAGGAGGAUUUAAUCGCUGGGUGGGAGAACGGGGAGGCGUCACCCAUCGCCGAAGGGUCUUCUAUUGCGCUUUGGCUCCAUGAGCCCGCAUUCCAGGUCACUUUCAAGGUCACUAACACUGGAUCUGUGUCUGGGACUGAGAUCCCCCAGCUCUACAUUCACCACCCGUCUUCAGCUGGCGAACCUCCUUCAGUCCUGAAGGGGUUUACAAACGUCGAAAUCGGACCGUAUGACACGAAGCAUAUCUCGAUCACGCUCUCGCGCUAUGACCUGUCUAUCUGGGACGUCGCCGCUCAAGGCUGGCGCAAACCUGACGGCCAAAUAUCGUUUUCUGUCGGCGCGAGCAGUAGGGACUUUAGGUUAUGGGGUGUCAUCCCUGCUUGAUAUUGUGCUUCAUGCUCGAGGUGCUUUUGACUUGACGCAGUGGAUAGACUUAAGUCACUGGGCUUUAUCAUAUUUUGGCGGAAUCGAGGUACGCUAGUAAUCUAAUCAGAACAUCUGCAGAGAUCCGCAGCAUGGGUCAAAUAUUAUAUCGGUGGCGGCCUUCUUGAAUUUCAAAAUGACCAGGCUUCAUCCUUCC